AUGGUCAAGAUCAUCAAUGGGGAAAUAGUCCCAGGGUUUCAGGUCCUGUCGAGGCAAGCGACGCCAGGCGACCCGGCGCAGCAGCGCCUGGAGGGGAAGCCCGGGGCGGCAGCAUUGGCUUCAGCUUGCAAGCCCCCCCGCUGCGGUUCGUUCCUCCCCCACCCGGAGUUGAGCCCCUUCUGGGCUUGCCAGAUGCCCAGGUGUUUGGUGUACGGAUCUCACCGUACGCCGUACUUGCGGCAGCUGCCCUGGGCAUGUUCUUCGGAUGGCGCGGCGCCGUGGUGGCCGUAAUUCUGUACUUUGUGUACCUCGCGAGCCAGGACAGCAGCAAUACCCACAACAACAACAACAACAACAACAACAGCACUAGCCCUCCUGGACGGGCAGCUCCGUCGUCAAGACAAGAUGGUGGAGGGUCCGGGUGGGCGGCGUUUCAGGGCAGGGGUAACAAGCUUGGGAGCAGCUAAGCAGUUUGAUAUGACAGCUUUUUGAUAUGGCUGUGUAGUGCCGAGGUUUUCUGGGGGCCGUCUGACUUUGUUUUUUCUUGAGCUUCCACAGCAUGAGACGGCCUUUUUACAUUUGCGUGAGAGAUCCCACCGGUAACUCAGUUUCCGUGUGAGAGUUUGGAACGAGUUAGCGCGUGUUGGGCUGCAACUGGCUGGCACGUUUGUGGAAACAGAACUGAGGCAGGUGGUAAUGUAGGCCGUUCGGGUCCCAACAAUUAUGAACGUAUUCCGAGUGUGCGGAGUGAAAUGCUGUGUGACGACUCAAGUUAGCGUGAGUUGAUACCGUGAUGCCAUAAUGCGCGCAAUUUGAUGAUGUUUGACUGUACGACAAUGCAACGCGCACAAACAUUAUUACACAAAAAACGAAUUGUGCUGAAAGAGAGAAUAUACACCG